GUUCAGCAUGGGCGGGACUUCCGGUUACUCGUAUAAACCAACUGAGGCCUCCCCAUGCGGUUUUGAUCUUCAGGUUGACGCGUAGCUAACACCGACAAGACAGACACAAUGGCAGAGAAUGAUGUUGACAACGAGCUGCUCGACUAUGAAGAGGAUGAGGAGCCUCAAGGAGCCCCAGAGAGUGCAGCCCCCGCAGGCAAGAAGGAGGUGAAGGGCUCCUACGUCUCCAUCCACAGCUCUGGCUUCAGAGAUUUCCUGCUCAAACCAGAGCUCCUCCGCGCCAUCAUCGACUGUGGUUUUGAGCAUCCGUCUGAAGUCCAGCAUGAAUGCAUCCCACAAGCUAUCCUGAGCAUGGACAUUCUGUGUCAAGCCAAGUCUGGUAUGGGCAAGACGGCGGUGUUUGUGCUGGCCACACUACAGCAGAUUGAACCCGUUGAUGGACAGGUGUCCGUAUUAGUCAUGUGCCACACGCGAGAGCUGGCCUUCCAAAUCAGUAAAGAGUACGAGCGUUUCUCCAAGUACAUGUCCUCGGUAAAGGCGGCCGUGUUCUUUGGCGGCAUGGCCAUCAAGAAGGACGAGGAUGUCUUGAAGAAGAACUGCCCUCACAUCGUGGUCGGAACGCCGGGCCGCAUCCUCGCUCUCAUCCGCAACAAGACCCUCACCCUGAAGAACGUGAAGCACUUUGUCCUGGAUGAGUGUGACAAAAUGUUGGAGCAGCUCGACAUGAGGCGUGAUGUGCAGGACAUCUUCAAGAUCACACCCCAUGAGAAGCAGGUCAUGAUGUUCAGCGCCACUCUGAGCAAGGAGAUUCGACCAGUGUGCCGCAAAUUCAUGCAGGAUCCCAUGGAAGUAUUUGUUGACGACGAGACCAAACUGACACUCCACGGCCUGCAACAAUACUACUGCAAGCUGAAGGACAGUGAGAAGAACCGCAAGCUCUUUGACCUGCUGGACGUGUUGGAGUUCAACCAGGUGGUGAUCUUUGUCAAGUCAGUCCAGCGCUGCGUCGCUCUGGCCCAGCUUCUGGUGGAACAGAACUUCCCUGCCAUCGCCAUCCACAGGGGAAUGGCUCAGGAGGAGAGGCUGUCUCGCUAUCAGCAAUUCAAGGACUUCCAACGGCGGAUCCUGGUGGCCACCAACCUCUUUGGCCGAGGGAUGGACAUCGAGCGGGUCAACAUCGUCUUCAACUACGACAUGCCGGAAGAUUCUGACACCUAUUUGCACAGGGUUGCCCGUGCCGGUAGGUUUGGCACAAAGGGCCUGGCUAUAACCUUCGUGUCGGACGAGACCGACGCCAAGACUCUGAACGAUGUGCAGGACCGCUUCGAGGUCAACGUGGCCGAGCUGCCCGACGAGAUCGACAUCUCCUCUUACAUCGAGCAGUCCAGAUGAGUCCUCCAGCCAAGCCGAAGUCUCGUCUUCAUGGACCUUGAUGUUGGAAGUAGACGUGUUUCACCGUUGAUAUGAAAGCUCUGCUCGUUCCCCAAUGUUCACCAAACCUUUGUCAGUUUUUGGGGGCGGAGGGGUAUGGUCGAUUUUAAUUUGUCUUUUACUGUUUGUUUGUUUGGGGGGGGGUGUUUUUGUUUUUUGCUUAAUGGAAUUAAAACUUUUUAUAAAAUGCCCUUUUUACUGUUGUGGUCUCUUGUGAGGCUAUUGUCUCUACUCCCAUAUCCAUGGAAUUUAAUCUCAAGCAGAGCUGCAGGGGAACAUGUAAAAGUGAUUUUUAGCUCUUUUUAUUGUUCAAACUAGUUUGUAUAGUAGGUUUGGUGUUUUGUCUUUUCCCCCCCACUGCAGCAGGUCUUUACAAAGUCGUGUAGUGACAUGACAAUUAAUUUGGCUCACAUGCAGCUCUUUGAAUUUCCAAUUGAAUGCCUCCAAUAAAUGAAGUCACUAAAAAUCCUAGUGGUGCGUUUGCCAAUUUUGAUCAUGAUAUUGUCAUUAGCCCCUCGUAUAAUGAAAUAAUUGUUACUUAAUGUGUAUCUGUUGGUAUUUUGAGGAUUUAAAAAUAUUUCACUUCAAA